CUGCCCUCAGGCCACAUAUCUCCUUUUGCCUCGAUUAAUCCUCCGAUCUGUGAUCAUCACUGCUGCAACUGCGAUGGAUCCUCAGGACUGCGCCUGCGCCACUGGUGGCUCUUGUUCCUGUGCCGGCUCCUGCAAAUGCAAAAAUUGCAAAUGCACUUCAUGCAAAAAAAGCUGCUGUUCCUGUUGCCCAGCUGGAUGUGACAAAUGUGCCAAGAGUUGUGUCUGCAAAGAGCCACUGUCGGAUAAAUGCAGCUGCUGCACCUAAAAAUGAAGUUUGA